UGACUGUUCCAAUGUCUUUGAUUCUAUUGGGUGCUUCGUUCGCUUGCAUGAAAAUCCCGCGUCCAGUUUAAUAAGAUACCGUUGCCUGCAAUGUUCUGGGUGGCGUUUUGCAAGCUGGCCUUGCUUCCAGUCAUCGGUAUACUUCUUACACAAGGGCUAACUCACCGUGGUGUUAUAUUCAAGGACGCUCUUGUUGAGAGAUUUGUUGCUAUGCUUCUGAGUGGAACACCAUCAUCCGUGAAUCAGCUGAUCGUGACACAACUAUAUGCGAAGGAUCAUGACCUAGACACACUAUCUGUUUUCCUGUUGUUUCAAUAUAUCUUCAUGUUCGUUUCAACUGCAACUAUAACUGCAGUAACACUUUCACUCCUAUAGAUUCUGGGGGAGACCAUGCGGGUUUAUUGGUCCACUUUUCAAAACCUUAGACAACUAGACACAUAGACAGAAAGCUUCUAUCUGUAUCAUUCACAGGAAACUGUUAUUUCAGUUGCGUAUGUACAGCAUCCUUCGCGCUUCUCCUUGACCCUUGUAGGCGCACGCCAGAAGAAGGAAUCCGAUUGCCCCCCGACUCAGAUGAUAUGAUUGAUAUAAGAGCUAUG